AUGACGGAAAGAAGUCCUGGUAAUGGUGUUGAUCAUGCUGAUCCACAAUAUGUGCCAGAUAGACAAGAAUGGUUGAUAGAUGGAUUUUGGCACUGCAUCAAAAAUGGCAAAUUCACAAUGAGAAAUGUGUAUCAUGCUCUAAUAGAUUUAUUGGAAGUAAAUCAGAAAGCUCAAGUUGGCACAAGCUCAGACAAAGAUCCACUGGUGCACUGUCGGGGGUUCCAAGGUUUCAGAGUUCCAAGAGGGUGCCCGAUUGUAACCCAUUUGGGAUAUGCGGAUGACGUGCUAGUUUUCUCAAGUGCGAAUGCCUCCUCCUUGCGUCUUGUCAUGAGUGUCUUGGAAGAAUAUGAGGCGUCCUCUGGCCAGCGAGUGAAUAAAUCGAAGAGUUAUUUUUUAGGACAUGCUUCCUUAGGGAGAGCGAGAAGGAUGGUGAUUCAGCGGAUUACGGGUUUCACAUCUGGUUCCUUUCCCAUAAGGUACCUAGGAUAUCCUUUGUUUUAUGGCCGUCGAAAGAGAGAAUAUUUUGCGGGGCUAUGCCAGGCUGUGGUAAGAAAGAUUGAGUCCUGGGAGCAUAAGUUGUUGUCUGCAGGGGGUCGGAUUGUUUUGGUGAAGCAUGUCCUUUCUGUUUUGCCAGUUUAUCUCUUGAUGGCUGCGUCUCCUCCGAAGUCCGUGUUUAGGGAGAUUGAAGGGUGGUUCUCAAAUUUCCUUUGGGGUGAGUCGAAAUGGGGCCUUAAGUGUCAUUGGAUCAGGUGGCAGGAUCUUUGUGUGCCGAGGGAGGAAGGUGGUCUGGGGUUUCGACGCCUGGAGGAUGUUCACACAGCCUUCUCCAUCAAGCUUUGGUGGAACUUCCGUUCUUUGUCUUCCCUUUGGUCAUCCUUUAUGAAAGCCAAGUACUGUGCGCAGGUACACCCUAAUUUAGUAAAUCAUCAUGGGGGUUCUUUGGUCUGGAGACGGAUGCUGACGGUGCGUCAUCUUGCGGAGCUCCACAUUGGAUGGAUUGGGCGAUCUGGAGGUUUGAAUUUCUGGUUUGAUAACUGGAUAGGCACAGGUUCACUGGCCUCGCGACUGGAUAGUGUAUCGGAUCAUUUGGUUGCCGAUUUCUUAGAGGAUGGACAAUGGAACCUGUCACUCCUACAGCAAUGA